CUCUUCUCUCCUCACAUUGUCGUCGAGCCCGAGCCAGAUCCGUUUAUCCUCCACUUCCUCUCGAUUCUGUCUCACUCAGUUUCUCGCUUGCCCCUCGAGAAUCGAAUCUCCGUCUUCUCAAGUCUUCUUCUCGCUUUCUCAGAAUCGAAGUCGUGUUCUUCUUCGUCCGUGGUCUAAACCGAAGCCAAACUUAGUGUAUAUCGCACUAUACGAUGAACGAUCUUCUUAAGGGUUCGUUUGAGCUUCCUCGAGGCCAAUCUUCUAGAGAAGGGGAUGUCGAACUAGGGGAACAAGGAGGAGAUCAAGGAUUAGAAGAGUUCUUCAAAAAGGUUCAAGAGAUUGACAAACAAUAUGAAAAGCUCAAUAAGCUUCUAAAGAAACUUCAGGCUGCCCAUGAGGAGUCGAAGGCUGUGACCAAAGCUCCUGCCAUGAAGGCAAUAAAGAAGAAAAUGGAAAAGGACGUUGAUGAAGUUGGAAGUAUUGCCCGUUUCAUAAAGGGGAAACUAGAGGAGUUGGACAGAGAGAACUUGGCCAAUAGACAAAAACCUGGGUGUGCGAAAGGAUCUGGUGUGGAUAGAUCAAGAACAGCAACGACUCUUUCUUUAAAGAAGAAGUUGAAAGACAAGAUGGCUGAGUUUCAGGUUCUACGAGAGAACAUCCAACAAGAGUAUCGCGAGGUUGUUGAGAGGCGUGUUUUUACUGUAACUGGACAGCGAGCGGACGAAGAUACAAUUGAUGAAUUAAUUGAAACUGGAGACAGCGAACAGAUCUUCCAGAAAGCAAUUCAGGAGCAAGGAAGAGGACAGGUAAUGGAUACCUUAGCAGAAAUUCAAGAACGUCAUGAUGCUGUCAGAGACUUAGAAAAGAAACUUCUUGACUUGCAACAGAUUUUCUUGGAUAUGGCAGUUUUGGUUGAUGCACAAGGAGAAAUGCUUGACAACAUAGAAUCUCAGGUUUCAAGUGCAGUAGAUCACGUGCAAUCAGGAAACACGGCUCUUCAAAGAGCAAAGAGCUUGCAGAAGAACUCAAGAAAAUGGAUGUGUAUUGCAAUCAUCAUCCUCCUCAUUGUUGUUGCAGUGAUCGUUGUUGGUGUUCUCAAGCCUUGGCAAAACAAGAAUGCUUGAAGAAACGAAGAAGAAUGUGUAAAAAAAUACAUCCGUCCAUAUGUACGGCUUUGAUUGAGUGAGUGUUUUGUUUACGAAAUGUGUGAAGUUUGUGUUUUUACCAAGGGACGGGAAAAAACAAAAACAGAAACAAAAGUCUAUAUUCUUUUAAUUGGAUCAAACAAACCAAUUUCUCUA